UUUCUGAUGAGAAACUGUACCUGAAAUAUCCACACUCAUUAAACUCGCCAUGGCCAGUAAUCACUAUUCAUUAUCAGGAGAUGAUCUAAGCCGAUACCCCGGAGCCACAACCACCCAACUUCCCAAAAUCGACUUCGACGAACCCCUUCACCACGCCGGACCACCACCGCCCCCAGGCGCCGGCGAAGGGCCUCGCCGCAGCAAGAAUGCGCCCGUGCUGGAGCAUCGCUGGUACGACCCCCGGGGCUGGUCGACCCGCAGGCGCCUCCUCGUCGCCGCCGGCAUCGCCAUCGUCAUCAUCAUCGCGGUAGUCGUCGGGGCCGUCGAGGGGACGAAGAGAUCGAGCAGCUACCCGGACUACUCGCGCCUCGACUACGAACUGGUCGACACCUACGCGGGGGCCUCGUUCUUCGACCGCUUCGACUACUACUCGGGGGUCGACCCGACCGACGGCUUCGUGCAGUACGUCAACAAAUCCACCGCGCAGUCCCUCAACCUGACGUACGUCACGGCGGACGCCGCGUCGGCGGUGCUGCGCGUCGACACGGCGGACCGCAACGCGAGCCACGGCCGCCGCUCCGUGCGCCUCGAGUCCACCACCAGCUACGACACGGGCCUCUUCGUCUUCGAUAUCCGGCACUCGCCCUACGGCUGCGGCCUGUGGCCUGCCCUGUGGCUGACCGACACCGUCAACUGGCCCGCCAACGGGGAGAUCGACGUCGUCGAGACCAACAACCUCGCCACCGAGGGCAACGCCGUCACCCUGCACACGGAUGGCGGCUGUAACAUGAAGAACGUCAAGCGCAAGCAGACCGGCACAUCCAAUUUCGUGACCUGCGAUAACAGCACGCACAGUAACGCCGGGUGCGGGGUGCAGGGCCCGCCCAGCACCUACGGGCAGGAGUUGAAUGAGAACGGCGGCGGGAUCUACGCCCUCGAACUCCGCGACGCAGGCAUCCGCACCUGGUUCUUCCCCCGCGCCGCCAUCCCGGACGACAUCACCUCCAGUAUCGGUACCUCCAGCAACACCUCCAGCAACACCUCCAGCAACACCUCCACCGCCCCCGACCCGUCAACGUGGGGCACCCCCCUGGCCGACUUCCCCAGCACCCACUGCGACAUCGCCGCCCACUUCCGCAACCAGAGCAUCAUCGCCAACAUCGACCUGUGCGGCGAGCUCGGCGCCCAGAAGCAGUUCUACACCGACCUCUACCGCUGUCCCGGCCGGUGUGUGGAUUUCGUGCGCACCCAUCCGCACAAUUUCACCCAGGCGUAUUGGGAGUUCGCGGGGUUUUGGGUUUUCCGGGCGACGUAG